UAAUCAUAAGGGCUUACUAUUUCAUAGUUAAGUCAGUUUUUAUGAUUAUUUAAAUGUAUUAUGGAAUAACGAGGAAAUAUAAAUUUCUUGCACAAGGGUUUAAAUUGUAGAGGUUGAGAGGAGUCCCGGUGACGUGCCGGGGUGAUUUGUUGGCCGACUGCCCCGACAGGAUUCGGGUUAUUCUCAGUCAGUGCUAUGUGGCAUGGAAAGUCAAUGGGCUUUCAUGGGGUCGUCUAACGUGGUCAUGAUGAUGUAUAGCCCAACCGUUUGGGCAUGAUAAUGUUGAAGGAAAGCUAUAGCAGACCAUUCAAAUAUAUGGACAAUUCUGAUGUAGAUAACCCACAAACAAUGCAUAUUUUGGAACCCCAAAACAUAAAUUAAAUGUCUCGAAAUGAGUUGAAUAACGUGUCUGCUUAAUGCAAACAUACACAGCGAUACGACGCAUUGCAAAACAGACUACCAGCUCUACAUGAGACACGACAUUUAGAUGCGGCUCUCUGAAUAGAUUUUGCAGUAGAUCGUUGGUUAGAGAUGCCGAUUUGGUAGAGAUUUUAAAAACCUUCCAUAUAAUAUGUCUGUAUGUAGUAGGCCUACCCGUAUCUGCGCCCGCUUGCCCCCCACUGUGAUCCCUGAACGUGGCUUUGUUAAGGAGCCAGAGCCGCAGGGGAUGCGUAUGCUAGGUUGGCCUAUGCUAGGUAGGCCUGCAGUAGUAGAUCAGAUCUCUAGUGGAUCAGAUCUCUAGUGGCUCACGGUUUCCCCCCGUCGUCCUCUCCGCCCUCUGCUCAUGAUUGGUUCACGAUGAAAGCAGGGCAGUAUAAAUUCUCAAAACUUACUUUACGCGUUCCUUUCGGAAGCACCUCCGCUGUUGCAGAGCCAACGUCAACAUGCCUGUCCUCAGAACUCUGAGCAAGGUCGCCAAGCAGGCACUGCUGGCUUCCCCAGGCUGUGGCUGCCUGCCCCUGACCGUGGCCGUGCGCAACAUAAGCUUCUCCCCGCGGCAGGUUACAUCCGACGCCAGCUUCCACUCUGUGUCCUUCUCGGAAACCGACCACCCCAAAGUCCUCAUCACGGGAGGACUGGGACAGCUUGGUGUGGGGCUGGCCAAGGUGUUGAGGAAGAAGUUUGGAAACAACAACGUCAUUCUGUCAGAUAUUAGGAAACCCCCUAGCCACGUCUUCCACAGUGGCCCGUUCAUCUACUCGGACAUCUUGGACUACAAGAAUCUCCGCGAGAUCGUGGUGAACAACCGCAUCACCUGGCUGGUUCACUACAGCGCCCUGCUCAGUGCCGUCGGGGAGGCCAACGUGCCCCUGGCCCGGGCCGUCAACAUCACUGGUCUUCACAACAUUCUGGACAUUGCGGCGGAACACGGCCUGCGUCUCUUUGUCCCCAGCACCAUCGGUGCCUUCGGGCCCACCUCACCCCGCAACCCAACGCCAGACCUGUGCAUCCAGCGGCCUCGCACCAUCUACGGUGUCUCCAAGGUCCACGCAGAGCUCAUGGGCGAGUACUACCACCAUCGCUAUGGCCUGGACUUCCGCUGUCUCCGCUACCCAGGAAUCAUCUCUGCUGACUCCCAGCCCGGCGGUGGAACGACAGACUACGCCGUCCAGAUCUUCCACGACGCCAUCAAGACAGGAAAGUUUGAGUGCAACCUGAGACCGGAUACGAGGCUUCCCAUGAUGUACAUCGACGACUGCCUCCGCGCCACCGUGGAGAUCAUGGAGUCCCCUGUAGACACGCUGUCCAUGAGGACGUACAACAUCAUCAACGCCAUGAGCUUCACCCCAGAGGAACUGGCCCAGGAGGUCAUGAAGCAGCUCCCUGACCUGGAGGUCUCCUACGACGUCGACCAAGUGCGGCAAGCCAUCGCGGACAGCUGGCCGAUGAACUUUGACGACGACAACGCGCGGAGGGACUGGGGCUGGAAGCACGACUACGACCUUCCCGAGCUCGUCCAGACCAUGUUCAACUACAUUGGCUCGGAAACGCGCCUCGCCCAAGUCAACUGAGUUCUGUGUGUCGCUGCGUGCAACGUUUAGUACUUGUGCUAGAGACUGAUCUCAAAGAAGAGCGCGGAGAAGGCCCGGCCUGUACAUACUCUUUAUUCUCUUCUCCGUGUGCUUUGGGAUGUGGCUCUGCGUGUCUCCGACGAGGCGCCUGCUCUGUCUGGAAUCAGAAGGUUCUGCCACAGAGCGGGUUAGUCGACUGACGGCGCCAAACGCCUCCUAUUUUAAUGCUCUACUCAGGUUCUUCGCCAGCCUAGUUUUGCAUAUAGCCCCUCAUAUAGGUGGAAUCUCAGGUUCAGGUUGUCAAGAGGCGGGUAUAAAGCAGGGCUAUUUUAACAAUACAAAAUGAACAUUGAUGAGAUUUGACUGCAUUGGCACGAAAAUUUCAGAAAAGUUUAUUUAAGGAAUGAUGAUAAAUGGGGUAGGGGAAGGAGGGACAAGUGGAUUUAUUACACACAUGUUGCUAUGCAUAACGCUUUGGAUAAUCUCUUUCUCUUUGGCCGCGAAUAUGGAGGACGAAUUAUCUAUUGAAUUGAUCUUCUAAAAACAUGGAAUAUUGGGGUAAUCUGGGCGGAAGUAAUUAAAAUGAGGAUCUAUUGAGCCUCUUCAGAAAGAUAAAUAAUCUGGAACUUAGACAUCAUGUCUGUCUAUUAAGUGCAACCGGGAGCAUCGGGAAUCUUUUUUACUAGGCCACUUGCUUGUGCAUACAUUAUUUAUUGUCGGUGCCUCUAGUAGAUGAUGGGAGUAAAGUUGCAUACUUGUUACAGUUCAUUGUUAGACCUGGACCAUGAACCUCUUUUUAUCUUAUUUAAUUUUUUUUCCCUAAUGAUUCCAUAAGCCAACAACAUGAAAUAUUGUUUGUUUUGUUUUCCAGAUGUCUUGUUUCCCAAAAAAUUGACAAUAUGGCAUUGUCAUUCGCUUGAAAUUCUGUCCAAAUGAAUGCAUCGCUUUCCAUGUGAAAGUCUUGUUCUGUUAUUUCACAAAGACUGAUCAUAAAAAACAAACAUUUUACAAAUACUGCUGUGUCAUGCU